AUGUCACAGUGCAAUACUAUUGUAGCCGACAUUUCCAAGAUUCCCUUUAUUGACUCUUCCGACACCAACCCUAGUGAAAAGCCUGCAAAUUCUGAGGAUUUCAAUGGCCACUCUUCGCUGCACGGGAGAACUACGAAUCAUAACUACGUUGAAGCUAUGGAAGAAGGAACUUCUGCGACCAACAAUCGAAAUUCUGUGGUUCCAGACAAUAAGGUUAGCACGAACUUUCAGCACAAAUCCGGCUAUAAAACCAGUGCUGUGGAUGGAUCUACAGUGCAGAACACUGAGAAUGUCUCAAAACGAAGAGACGUUAUGGGUGAGAGCAAUGUGACUCCUUGUGACGACUUCGACCACUCAUCAAUCGAUCAGCGAACUCACGCAGAAUUUUAUACGGAUGCAGCUGAUUUCAAAAAGAAACUAUCUUUUGAACAAGUUCGAACCCAAUCUGGGUCACUGAAAAUGCUCCGUACUAAUCGUCUUUCUGAUGAAGACCACAACUGCACUGAAGACGACCCCAGUCUUUCUAUUUCCUAUACGAGGCAGAUUUCCGAACAUCGAAAUGAAGGCCCGGUUGUCUCUCAAACCAACACUAUAGCGAAAAAUGUGUCCAUUCCAACUGUUAUUUCACCUGAUGGUGCAGUUACGAUAACCAAUAACAUUUCUAGGGACUUUUUUUUCAAAAACCCAGAGCAAGCAAUGGAUAAUCAACGCGUACGCACUAUCUCAGUAAAACUAAUCUCUACCACAGAGAAAGCCAGCGUUCGAGAGCCACUUAACUCCCAAAAAACUAUGGAUGAUAACAUCGUGACAAGCGGACUGUUGGCACCGCCUCCGAAACCACCAAUUCGUCACCUUGCGGACGACGUCCCGAUGGACUCGGUGACGUUUCGAGCAGGCAUGACUGCACCAACACCUCCUCCGAGAAGGAACUCAGUAAUGCACAAUACUUCACCAUCGACACCGUCGCUUUCGAUUCGUCCCAACUAUCGCCGUGCCUCAGUGACUUCCAGUAGAACGAAUACUAUGAAAUACAACAUUUCUCGCGGCAUGUUGACUUUCCCGACUCUGCCUAGAAACGCCAGACCACCAACGAGAGGUAUCCACUAA